AGCCAACCACAUUAUCAGCAACUAAGCAGAAGAGAGGGAGAAAAUAGAACCUAGGAUACCUAAGAUGGCCACCAUCAGAGCUCUAGCCACCAUGGGGGUCUUCCUCCUAGUGGCGCUCUCCACGUCCCACAUUGCCUCCUCCUUUCGCCCUGGUAUCGGCGUCUGCCGUGCUAGUGGCUAUCUCCCAGGCAAGGCAGGCCACUGCGAGAAAAGCAAUGAUCCAGACUGUUGUGAGGACGGUAAGAGGUACCCGCAGUACCACUGCUCGCCACCGGUCACCGCGACUACCAAGGCCGUCCUGACGCUCAACAGCUUCGAGAAAGGUAAGGAUGGUGGUGGUCCAUCGGAGUGUCAUAACUCCUAUCAUAGUGACAAAGAACUGGUCGUUGCGCUAUCCACCGGUUGGUUCGAGAACAUGGCACGGUGCGGCCACCGCAUCAAAAUUACCGCCAACGGCAAGUCUGUUUAUGCUAAGGUGGUGGACGAGUGUGACUCCGUGUACGGGUGUGACGACGAGCACAACUAUGAGCCACCAUGUGCCAACAACAUCGUCGACGCCUCGCCAGCGGUGUGGAACGCCCUCGGGCUCGACCAGAAUGUCGGUAUGGAGGAUAUCACCUGGUCACAAGCGUAAAUAAGAGAAAUGCAUGUCAGGCAUACACGAAUAGUGUGGAGAUAUAUAGCGUGUUCAUAUUUUGCACUUUACUAUUGAAUUGUCUUUGU